ACCCUGCAUCGUCACUGCACCCCAUGCCAUGUCGCGCCACGUUCUCCACGGAGCUCUCGCCAGCUCCCCAAUCCACAUGCAUGCAUCUCUGACCCGUCGAGCUAAACAUUCGAGGCCUCAGCUCCCCUCCCUCACUCCACAGUCCAGACUCCACGGCCCACACGUCCGUACGUCUGAGCAACAGCGAGCGAGCGAGCAAGCGUCCGUCAAUGGCGUCUCCGGCUCCCGUCAAGAAGGUGCUGGUGCCGAUCGCCGCCGGCUCGGAGCCCGUGGAGGCGUCCGUCCCCAUCGACAUCCUCCGCCGCGCCGGCGCCGACGUCACCGUGGCUUCCGCGGGUGUCGACGGCCUUCUCGUCGAGGCCUUGUACGGCGUCAAGAUCGUCGCGGACGCGCUCGUCGCCGACUGCGCCGACGCGUCCUACGACCUCAUCAUCCUCCCCGGAGGGAUUCCCGGCGCGGAGAACCUCGGCGGCUGCACGGCGCUGGAAGGCAUCGUGCGGAGGCACGCGGAGAAGGGGGGCCUCUACUCCGCCAUCUGCGCCGCGCCGCCGGUGGCCUUGGCGCCCUGGGGCCUGCUCGACGGCCACAAGGCAACAGCGUAUCCAUCGUUCGUGGAGAAGUUCCCGCCCGAGGUGACCGCCGUGGACGCGAACGUGGUGGUCGACGGGAAGGUCGUGACAAGCCGUGGGCCGGCGACGGCCAUGGAGUUUGCUCUGGCUUUGGUGGAACAGCUCUACGGGAAGGAGAAGGUUGAGCAAAUUGCAAAACCAAUGCUUGUCAGGUAUGAACCUGGGUAUACCAUCAGGGAACUCAAUCCAGUUCAAUGGCAAUGCAGCGGCACGCCCAAGGUUCUGAUACCGCUGGCCAAUGCAAACGAGGAGAUGGAGGUGAUAAUGAUCAUCGACGCGCUGCGCCGGGCCAAGGCGGACGUCGUCGUCGCUUCGGUCGAGGACAAGGUCGAGAUCGUCGCGCGCUACGGGAUGAGGAUCGUGACCGACAUGGUGCUGGACGACGCCGCGGACCAGGAGUUCGACCUGAUCAUCGUGCCGGGCGGCAUGCCUGGUGCAAAGACGCUCUCCGGCAAGGAGAAGCUCAUCGCUUUACUGAAGAAGCAGGCGGAGGCGAACAAGCCGUACGGCGCCAUCUGCGCCGCGACGGCUCAGGUGCUGGAGCCGCACGGCCUUCUCAAGGGCAAGAAGGCGACGACGUACACGUCCAUGGUCGGGCUGCUGGCGGACGCCAGCGAGUGCGAGAACAGGGUGCUGGUCGACGGGAACCUGAUCACGAGCAGAAGCCCCGGGACCGCCAUGGAGUACGCCGUGGCCAUCGUCGAGAAGCUGAUCAGCCGCGAGGCGGCGCGGGAGGUCUUGCAAGGCUUGCUCUUCGUCUGAACGCAGAGUGAAGCAGAGCUCGCGCAUGCCAGGACGGCCGGAAUUUGUGCCCGUGUCGUGUAAUCCUGCUGGUUCGUGAGGAGUUUGAUGGCGAUGUUUGAUCGGUCGUGCUCAUGCACCAAAAGAGUAAUAAAGUUGCCUGUUUAUGCGACUAUCUUUUGGUUCUGUUAUAUCACGCUGUCAGGAACAAGGCUGACAUCCCUGAGUCCGCCGGCGGGAACAGUAUCUCUGGUUCGGCGGGGAAUGAAGGCCAGACCCAAAGGAAAGGAACUCGGCUACGUCGGCCCAACCAUCUGUACCCAAGUGAGGUGUGGGCCUAAGGAGCGCAUGAGCUCAGAGCAGGAAGGAGACAUAUAGCGGGAGAGGAGCGUGGAGAGUGCCAUGUGAAAUC